AUGGCACCAUCAGCAGACACCUCCUUCAGUGGCCAUGUACGAACUCAGUUCACUGCUUACGAGGAGGAUAGACAGGCCACCUCCAAAGAUACUCUAUACUGCACCAGCAAUGGUGUUCCAAUGCCUCACCCAUACGAGGCACAGAGAGUAGGCGAGAACGGUCCUCUCCUACUGCAGGACUUCCAUCUAGUUGACCUGCUCUCCCAUUUCGACCGAGAACGAAUCCCAGAACGUGUCGUCCAUGCCAAGGGCUCCGGAGCUCACGGUUUCUUCGAAUGUACAGACCCAAUGCCAGACAUUUGUCUGGCAGACGUCUUCGCAACGAAGGGAAAGAAAUGCCCUAUCACAGUACGAUUCUCCACCGUGGGUGGCGAGUCGGGUUCCCACGAUUGCGCACGAGACCCACGAGGCUUUUCGGUCAAGUUCAGAACAGAAGAAGGCAACUGGGAUAUGGUGGCCAACAACACACCAGUGUUCUUCCUGCGAGAUCCUGCCAAGUUCCCACACUUCAUUCACACCCAGAAGAGAGAUCCUUCAACGCAUCUGACGCAUGCUGAUGACUCGACUAUGUUCUGGGACUACCUUUGCAACAACCCAGAAUCAGUCCAUCAAGUCAUGAUUCUUAUGGGUGAUCGAGGUAUUCCAGAUGGUUACCGGUUUAUGCACGGCUACGCUGGCCACACCCUCAAGCUCGUAAACAAGGACGGCGACUGGGUUUAUGCCCAGAUGCACAUGAAGUCAAUGCAGGGCACAAAGUUCAUCACUCAGGAAGACUCUGCCAGUAAAUCUGCCGACUACUCGCAGAAGGAUCUCUACGAAGCCAUUCAGAGGGGCGAGUACCCCAAGUGGACUGUCGAGUUUCAGACCAUGACACCUAAGCAGGCUGAAGAGGUAUGGGAGAAGCAAAAGAUUAACAUCUUCGACCUUACACACGUCUGGCCACAAGGUCAGUUUCCAAGAAGGAAGGUUGGCGAGUUCACCUUGAACGAGAACGCUAUCAAUUACUUCGCAGAGAUUGAGCAAGUCGCUUUCAACCCAGCCCAUAUGCCACCUGGUAUUGAGCCAUCGGCUGACCCAGUCCUCCAAUCUCGACUCUUCUCAUACCCAGACACACACAGACACAGAAUCGGUGUCAACUACCAGCAGCUCCCAGUCAACGCCCCACGAGGUGGCUAUAGAUUUGGCAACUUCCAGAGGGAUGGCCAGAUGGCCUUCUUCAACCAGGGUGCACGACCAAAUUACUUGAGCUCGAUCGAUCCUAUCCAAUUUAGAACCAGAAGCACCGACCUUGACAAGGUUCACGGUCACUUCCAGGGCGAGUGCAUCAGCUUCUUGUCGGAGAUCCGACCAGAAGAUUUCAAUGCGCCGCGCGCGCUGUGGCAGAAGGUCUGGGAUGAGCCAGCUCGCGAGCGAUUCAUCAAUAACGUCGCAGGAAAGAUGGAGGUAUGCAAGGAGAAGGAGUUCCUCAAGCGACAGAUCGCUAUCUUCAGAGAGGUUGAUAACGAUAUUGCAGAGCGACUGGAGAAGGCUACUGGCAUCAAGGGUUACGACGGAAUCGCUAACCUCAGAUUCAACGGCACGCACAAUGGUUUCGCAAAGGAUGCUUCGCAUCGAGCCGCCAAUGGUGUCAAGUUGACUCAAGGCAAGGUCAUCUCGGACAAUAAUGGUGCGCCAGCAAAGGGAACGCACAAAGGCCUCAACAACUAG